GUGCAGCGCCUGGCGAGGUGACGCCGGCACACUGUGACUCGGCGGCUCAGCGGCCGGGCAGAGUGACGCCCGUGCCGCAUGUCACCGGAGCGCUGCAUUACACCGCGCUAGCGCAGCCCGCCGAGGUGACGCCUGCUGAAGGCGCGGCAGGCCCCGGCGGCGGAGGAAGAAGGCAGCACACACGGGCACUCUGGCAUGCUGAGGAGGCGGCUGGGGCCCCGUGCGACAGCCGGUUGCGGUGCCAAGUGGAGCGCGGAGGAGGACCGAGCCGCUGCCGCCAUGCCCAACAUUAAGAUCUUCAGCGGCAGUUCGCACCAGGACCUGUCCCAGAAGAUCGCCGACCGCCUCGGCCUGGAGCUGGGCAAGGUGGUCACGAAGAAGUUCAGCAACCAGGAGACGUGCGUGGAAAUUGGCGAGAGUGUUCGAGGGGAGGAUGUCUACAUUGUGCAGAGUGGCUGUGGAGAGAUCAAUGACAAUCUGAUGGAGCUCCUUAUCAUGAUUAAUGCCUGUAAGAUUGCUUCAGCCAGCAGAGUCACAGCUGUCAUUCCCUGCUUCCCUUAUGCUCGGCAGGACAAAAAGGACAAGAGUCGAGCUCCAAUCUCUGCCAAGCUGGUUGCAAACAUGCUGUCUGUAGCGGGUGCAGAUCAUAUCAUCACCAUGGACCUGCAUGCCUCUCAGAUUCAGGGCUUUUUUGAUAUCCCUGUUGAUAACUUAUAUGCUGAGCCUGCUGUACUGAAAUGGAUCAAGGAGAAUAUUGCAGAGUGGAAGAACUGCACCAUUGUUUCACCAGAUGCUGGUGGAGCCAAGAGAGUGACCUCCAUCGCAGAUCGGUUAAAUGUAGACUUCGCCCUCAUUCACAAGGAGCGCAAGAAGGCCAACGAGGUGGAUCGCAUGGUGCUGGUGGGUGAUGUGAAAGACAGAGUGGCCAUUCUGGUAGAUGAUAUGGCAGACACAUGUGGUACCAUCUGUCAUGCUGCAGACAAGCUUGUGUCAGCUGGAGCCACCAAGGUUUAUGCCAUCUUAACUCAUGGGAUCUUCUCGGGGCCAGCGAUAUCUCGAAUCAACAACGCCUGUUUUGAAGCAGUUGUAGUCACAAAUACAAUACCCCAGGAGGACAAGAUGAAACAGUGCCCCAAAAUCCAGGUGAUUGACAUCUCGAUGAUCCUUGCCGAGGCCAUCAGGAGGACUCAUAAUGGGGAAUCUGUCUCCUACUUAUUCAGCCAUGUCCCUUUAUAACACCAGAUGGCAGCUGCUGCUUGUAUGGCUUUUUUUUAAAAACCAAAAGUUGUUCAGCUUGGUGUAAAGUUCAGUAGAAGACUCUGCUUGUUCCAGUGCAGCUCUCCACAGCUACUCCUGCUUAAGUCAGGCCUACUGGCUCUGAUCCCAACACUGGGAAGCUGGAAGGGGAAGCUUCAUCUCUGUAACACUCCAACUCCACCAGCAACCCUGUGCUUUAGGGCUCAGUAGUAUUGAUGAGCAUGGAUUCUGCAGAUCUGUGGAGAGCAGGACUGACACAUGGCUAAUUGCCACAAUUAUUUUAAGAGGGGGGGAGGGAGAGGGUUUGUGGGCAGGGUUAGAUGAUCUGGCAUGUGACUAAAUUGUCCUAGGGAGCUCUACUUCCCAAACAUGUUGAUCUGGAUCUACAGCAAAAGCCCAGUAGACUGCUGGCUGUUGUACCACUCUAGGCUCGACAGGAACCCUUGAAGAGUCAUGGGGAAAAGCUUGGAUCUUGGCCAAGCUUGACCGUAGAUGAAGCCCUUGGGGACACUUGGGAGGUGGUUCUGCUACAGCUUCCUUCCACCAAAGGACAGACUUGACUUAAUUACAGAUGAAAUUAAAUGCCCUUUAGCAUGCUACACAGCCAAGUGAAGGGGAGAGCACAGUCUGCAGCACUGCCUUGCUGUGCUAAUGGGAUGGUGAAGGUGCAUCCUGGACCAGCAUUCUUCUCUUUGUGUAGAGGAAUCGUGGUGGUUGUGUGCUUUAGUUUCCAGUGUGGCCAAACCCAGUUCCUCAAUUUCACAGCUCACUGUUAGCUUUGCUAGCAGUUAAAGGGCUGCUCAGUUGUGUAUCACAGCUGCACCUCGACUUGCUCUGCACAUCCUUGCUUCUCUUACCAGUACAGUAGUAAACUGAGCCUCUUUAUCCCCUAGUAGCUUGGUUGUUGCACCUAGCAAGUGCCUGCUCAGACACUGGGGUGACUUAGUAAUGUAUAUAUGAGCUUUGUGUCCAGCUGUUUUAGCCUCUCAUUGCCUGCAAUCCUGUCCUGUAAGUUACUGAUCCAUUCUGGUUGCUCAUCCUGCCUUGCCUUGUAAGUGUAGCUCCUUGCAAAAGAUUUUAAACCAAGGAGCACAGGAGAUUGCAGGACUACAAAGCCUGAAGAAGGCCUUGGAGUGGGCCUGAUGCUGCUAAUGAGUGCUUACAGCAAUGGGUUGAAGAGGCUCGUGAUACAUAGUACUGGGAACACUGUAGAUCUAACACCAACCUGUCAGGCAGGAAAGUGCCUGAAAGAAGACAAAAAACCCACAAAACCAAAACUAGAGCUGGCUGAGGCUCCCAGAUGUGAUAAUUAUCAUCUGAAACUUGAAUUCUUAGUAACUGUACCAGACAAUCGUGAGGUAAAACGGUUAGGUCUCUCCUGGACUCUCACAAAGUUAUGGACCAAUCUGUUUUCUGCUCUGGGUUCUAUAAGCACUCCUCUAUUGUUUGUUUUUGAGCUGGACUAGAGGAAAAAGGGAAAAGGAGGAACCUGGAAUUACUUGCUAGAGUAACCAGCAUGGCUUUGAGAGGCAUGUGGCUGGGGUGUAAGUGGAACUAACUGAAAGACUUAGUUAAGAUCUAGGGAAGUACUUCUUCGGUUGUGCCUUUUAGUGAGGACUUCUCUCCCUCCCUAGAACUCCUGUCCUGUGGCAAUGUUAACAUUUCUAUUACAGUGUAGGGUUUUUCUUUUUCUAUAAGCAUUGGUGUUUGUCUGGAAAGUGUCUCUUGCUUCUUUGCUUUGCAUCCUGCACUGAGCUCUACCAAGUGUCUGAUUCCUGCCUCCUGUAUGGGCGUCCUUGCUGCUGCAUUGCCAGUCACCUGAAAGCCAAAAACCAGGACACUGGAGCAGCAGCAUGAGGAUUUUCAGCAGCAUUUGUGUUUGAACUUAAGACCUGAUGAAGGAAUUAAACUUUUAUUUAAAAAAAAAAAA